UCGCGGACGACCUUGUUGGCGACAAAAGGAAAUCAAGGAAAUUAAAAAGAGGUAGAAAGAAUGAGAGGCGACUGGGCAAGAGAUUGGCGCGUGGACCGAGAGGGAUUUGUUUGUCGCUGCCCGGAGGCGUUGAGGCCGGAGGUUGAAGGUUUGGAAAAGAAGGAGUCUGGGGGGAUCGGGCGGGCGAAAAAUUCGGGUGCGGUUGGAAUUUGAGAGUGAUCGGGGUCGGGGUGGUUGCUGCACACGGGGAAGGUGGAGAAAGGAGGAUGGGAAGGAAAGAGGGCGAGGACUCUGUCGUGGUCGGGGCGGUGGGCGGUAAAAACUCAGGGACGGCCUCAGGACCUGGGGGGCUACCCGAGGACGGGGGCAAGCGAGGAUGGGAUGGAGGAGGACAAGAGGAGGAGCACCGACGGCGCGCGCGGCCAGGCCCAAGCAUUGACGUGAGCGGCAGGCGGGCUGAUGAUGCCGGCGAGUGCGAGAGUGGACAGGCCUGGCACUUGGCCCCGCUGGGGCAGCCCGCCCGGCCCCUUUGGCGCCACUGUGCCAAACGGCGACGACCAGAGACGGCCAGAAGACGGCAGCUGCUGCUGGAACCGACGCCGUCGAGGGGGGGUUGAAUGUUUUUUUUUUCUAAUUGUCGGUUCGUCCGUCUAUCUGCCUCGUCGCGUCGCCGUCCUCUUUUUGUCAUGCUUUCCCAACCCAAAGCCUCGCCGCGAGGUUGAGCCAACCUAGGAAAACCAAAAUGGAGGCUUGCGCGAUUCCCACACGCGCGGCGCCGUCUGAGACGGCCGACAGCUCCGGCUGGGCCCACACGACACGGUACAAAAGCAGCUCCCCAAAACAGCGUCAGGCAAUCUUCCGACGCGACCGUCAAUCCUCGCCAAGAACCCGCCGGUCGGACCACCACCACCGCCACCACAUUUAUUUCCGUGUGUCUCCUUUGUUUUGUGAUGCCACAUCACUCUUGCCCCAGGGGCACAUCUUGAAAUGCCACAUGUAAGAAUAUUUUCCAGAUAAGAAAAAAAAAAAAGAAGUAAUAAAAAAGCAAAUGAGAAUUCAUCAUCCCCAUCCUCCGUCUCUCCUGGCCAGGGUGCGGUCGCGAGGGAUCGAGGGCGGUGCGGCUGCUGAUGCUGCGGUCGGGCGCAUUCCGUCGGCUAGCCGCCACCCCUUGUCUUGCCCAUUCUCAGUCGAAGCAGCAACGCCCGCCGGGCCAACCAACAGCCACGGCCAAAUGCACACCACCAAAAAAAGGAGAGCAGAUCCCAAAUCCAAUCGAGAACGGGGCAGCUGGUGGUCAGAGGGGGCAAAAAGGAGCGACGCUCAACUGCGCGGCAUGCAGCCUUGGUUUCAUUUUGUUAGUUCCCUCUGCUCUGCGCGCGCGUGCGAGCGCUGAGGCGGGGGCACAGUCGCGGCGGGAGUCGUCGUGUCCCCCAAAGAGCAAACGGCCGUCUUGAAACCCGGGCGGGGAGUCCUCGGGUCUUCCGGAA